CUUCCGCGCGCCAUCUUGUCCCCACAACUCGUCUCGGCGUAACAGAACGUUUCCCGUGCGUCUUCCAGCAUUACAUAGAAAACAGUCAAAAGAUAUAUAAAAUUAAUUCGAAUGAAUUAAGAUACGUCGGUCCACCACUCGCGCGCCUCGUUUGACGCGUUGUAGAUAUAUUCGUUUGGGGUAACGGUCAUUUUAUUUAGUUGUGAAUUUUAAUGGCGUUGUGAAAGCCCAGCCAUGGCGGUUAGUCAGCAGCAACAACAGCAGCAGGCCGUGAGCAAACCGGCCGGCGGGAAACACGGCAACGUUUUGCCGUUAUGGGGCAACGAGAAGACUAUGAACCUCAACCCGAUGAUCCUGACUAACGUCCUGUCGUCUCCCUACUUCAAGGUGCAGCUGUACGAACUCAAGACGUACCACGAGGUGGUUGACGAGAUUUACUUCAAGGUCAAUCAUGUGGAGCCAUGGGAAAAAGGCAGCAGGAAGACAGCGGGACAGACGGGAAUGUGCGGAGGGGUAAGUAGAAGUUCGAGGAGUUGGGACUGGUGGGAUCGUGUCCACUGCAUUUUGCUUGCUGUAUAAGCUGUUCACACUGAAACUGACCCGCAAACAAGUGAUGGGUCUCAUCACCCACACAGAUUCACCCUAUAUCAGGGCACUGGGCUUUAUGUACAUCAGACAUCGAUGUCGUGGUAUUCAAAUGAUGUGGAUUUGAAAACAGAAGGAAUCGUAAGGUAUACGCAACCUCCUCCUGACUUGGUUGACUGGUAUGAUGAGUUUCUUGACGACGAGGAGGUAUGUCACCACGGAUGGCCCUUGUGAUGCGGGUGGAUUGGAUAUAGGGUGUGCUCCACACUCUUGGCUGGCGUUCCUGAGUGCAGUUAGAAAAGCUCACCUACCCACUCCACCCCUUCACAGUCACCGGUGCAUCAUAUGUCAGCUGACCUGCAACCUCCUCAGCAUCGCACCUAUUUUGAGUCAGUGCAUAGAGUUGGACGUGAAGGCUGGAGGAGGAUGUGUAAUGACGGUCGGAGAGAUGCUCCGCUCCUUCCUGACCAAGCUGGAAUGGUUCUCAACAUUGUUCCCACGAAUACCUGUUCCUGUGCAGAAGGCAAUUGACCAGCACAUGAAGAGCCGACCACGUAAACCCCUGCAAAAAGAUGAGCAGGAGGAAGAGGAGGAGGUGGUGGCAACCGAUUCAGCAAGGCAUGGAGAUAAGCGCCGUUCCAGGACACCUAGGAAAAGUCAGAGUCCCAAGAGAUCCCAAAAUCGUUCCCGGAGUCGCAGCCAUCACAAAGAAAAACAUGGUGCCAGCUUCGACCGUGAACUGGAAAGAGAACGAGAUCGUCAACGCAAAGAAAGGGAGGGAAAGGACCGGGAUAGAGACAGGGACCGAGAGAGGGACAGGGAGAGAGAUCGAGAUAGACGGCGUUCAAGAACACCAGACCGAACCACAGAACGUCGACACAGCCGUAGCAAGGAACGACGUCGGAGUCUCAGUCCGAGCCGGGAGAAGCGGAAUGACAGGAAAGACCGAGAUAAAGAGAGGGAGGCAGAGAGUGAAAGAGAGCGUAGUCGCAGGAAAGACAGAGAGCAUCAUAAAGAUCAGGAGAGGUCAAAAGACAAGAGAAGAGAGGGAGAAGAGCGGAGGCACAAGGAUGAUAAGGAGGAUCGAAAGCACAGGGAAGAAAAGAGGAGUAAGCGCUCGAGUAGCAGAAGCAGAGACAGGAAACACAGAACCGAGCGAUCUAGUAAGAAACGCUCUCGCUCAGGCAGCAGGAGCAGGCAGGAAGUAGGGGAGAAGAACAGGAAGCGGGAUCACAGCCAUAGUAAGGAGCGGUCACACAAGCGCAGUCGCAGCAAAGAGCGCUCGCACCGUAGAGAAUCCAGCAAUGGACGAGAACAUGUAAAACAAGAACACCACAGUCCCGAACCCGGUGAAAGAACAAACAGUGUUCGAGCGGAGUCUCCCUGAUCCAAGUCUGUCUCCAACCUCUCUCUCAGAUUCCCUCCCUUUUUUCCGGUCCCUCUCUUAUUACUUCAUGUCCUUAUCUAUAAUCCUCUGUGCACCACCUGUGUUCAAGUAAACAAAUGGAAAAGGCUGGAAUUUUUUUUUUUUUUUUUCCCUUCCCUGCACUAUUAUCAGCCGAUUGUGUAGAUAUUAAAAAUGUGAUUUUCUCUCAGUUUCUGAUCGCCGGACUGAAAAUGGCAUUUUUAAAUCCUUUUUUUAAGUCCAGUUUCUCCCCCAAUUUGUUUUCAGGAUUCUCAUAAAUGGCUUUGUACAUAGAGCUCAGAGAAUGUUUUAAAGUUCAACACAGUUGACCACAGAGUUAAGUUUGUGCACAGGCUGCUGAAAGCUGUGCCUACAUUGCUGUUUGAUUCAUUGCUCUGUUGCAUCUCAUUUUCUAAUAAAAAAAAAUCUUGUAUGAAACAGAA